UCUGACAGAGAAACAGGUCACACUAUACGGAAAGGCUUUCAGUUGCAAAAGAGUUCUUGAAACAACAACUCGCAGUAUUCAACCAUUACUUCUCACACCAUAACUGUUUCAGAAUAUAAAUAAAAACCUGGAAAAGUUGAAAAUUCUUGAUCGCAAAUGGCAUCAGGCUCUGGCGAAAAGCUUGCUUCCAAUUUCGAGUUCAAACACUUUGAUGUUGUGUCAGAUGCAUCAGAUCAUCACUAUGGUAAUUCUAAUCUAUCCAGUACGAAGGCAAAAAAAUUCAGUAAUGUCGACAGUUCUGUUUAUAAGCAGAUCAUGAAAGAAUGGAGAAGCCUUGAGAAAAAUCUUCCCGAAUCCAUUUAUGUCCAAGUUUACGAGUUUAGGAUUGAUCUUCUUCGAGCUGUAAUUAUUGGUGCUGAAGGAACCCCUUAUCACAAUGGUCUCUUCUUCUUUGACAUUUAUCUGCCGUCUGAGUAUCCAAAACAACCUCCGAAAGUGUACUAUCACGCUCAUGGACUCCGUUUGAAUCCAAAUCUUUAUGCGGAUGGGAAAGUUUGUUUGAGCCUACUCAACACUUGGUCCGGGAGUAAAAUGGAGAAGUGGACACAGAAUUCUACUAUUCUUCAGCUUCUGGUCUCUAUUCAAGGCCUUGUGCUCAAUGAGAGACCCUUUUUCAACGAGCCUGGCUAUGGAAAUGUCAAAAAUAGCAAGCAUUCUAGAUGGAUAAACAAAUCGCAGUCUUACAACGCAGAGGUAUUCCUUUUGUCUUGUAAGACAAUGGUUUACAUAAUGCGUAACCCACCAAAGAAUUUUGAGAUUUUUGUCACUCAACACUUUCAUAAGCGUGCAGAUUCUAUAUUGGCGGCCAUUCAGGAUUAUUAUGUGUUGAUUAGUUCAUCUUCGAAUGAGGUUCCAUCCUCAUUUAAAUUGAAACUGAUAAAUAUCCACUCAGAGCUGGCAAGGGCCUUUGGUGUAGUCUCAGAGCUAAAGUUGGAAACAUUAGAGAAUGGCUCCCAGCUGUCAAAUGGAGAGAAUGGAAGUAAUGGCAAGAAACCAAAAAAGGGGCUCAUGAACAAGCUUAUCAGCAUAGCCAAGUGGAUUUGGAAAUGAAGAUUUGAGCAAUGUAGAAAUUCAGACACCUUUUCAUGAAUAUUUAUGUGGUAAGAGUGUUAUAAAUCUUAACAUGGUGUAAUUUCAUACAUCCUACUAUUAAAUAGUGAGUGUAUUUCAAUGUAGUUUGUGCUAUGGAAGAUUAAUUUAAAGCCUUCUAUCAAUGUUACUAAACAACUAUGUUUUGCUAAUUUUAGGAGUGUAAAGUG